AUGAGUCAGACAGAGGAUAGUGUUGAUUGUGAAAAAUUUGCACGCUUGAGUGUCGGGAUACGGCUAAUCAGCACCGCACCGGGUACCGGUUCCGAUCGGAACACUUCCAUCUCAAUACGCACCAGCUCUGAACGAACCUACAAACAACCACCGAAUCUUUCCAAGAUGCCACUCCUACGCCUCGGAUACAAGCAAAUUCACUAUGCGGAUCUGAAACCACAAGGAGAUGUGCGGGAGACGUUCAUCAUGAUACACGGGCUGGGGUCCUCCCAGGACUAUUACUAUGCCGUUGCUCAAGGUCUGGUCGCCGGCGGCUUCAGAUGUAUUCUUUUCGACAAUACGGGUUCGGCGCGGUCGCCUUAUACCUUUGUCGAGCAAAGUGUCAAAACGCUGGGGGAUGAUAUCAUCGGCAUCCUGGAUGUACUUGAGGUUCCCAAGGCCAUCGUUGUUGGCCACAGUAUGGGAGGCAUUGUGGCUGCAGACCUUGCUGCAGAAAGAAGCGAUAGAAUAGUCGCGGCUGUGUUGGUUGGACCAGUGUACCCAAGCAAGGAGGCAGCCCCGAGAUUCGGGCAGCGAAUUACGAUUGUGGAAAAGGAAGGCAUCCAACCUCUAGCAGACACCGUGCCUCAUGCGGCCGUAGGGAAGAACGCAUCUCCUCUGGUCAAGGCUUUCAUUCGUGAAUUGCUCCUUGGCCAAGAUCCCGCCGGCUACAUAUCGAAUUGCCGAAUCAUUGUCAACGCCGAGGUACCCAACUACAGCAAGAUCAGCAUCCCGACCUUGAUCAUUGCGGGUGAAGAGGAUACGAGUGCACCGAUGGAGGGAAGCAAGAAGAUGUUUGAGGAGAUUGGGACAACGGAAAAGAGGCUGGAGAUUAUGCAGGGCGUUGGGCACUGGCACUGUCUCGAAGGCCCUGACGAAGUCGUUGAGCUGAUACAGACGUUUUACGACCAGAUACAAUGA